UCAAAAACAAGCAAACACAACGAACACAAGCUUCGACUCAGACUCCAACUAAGUACAAAGGCAAAAGAGAAAGUAUAAAAACCCUGAGAAAUUGUCAGCCAUACAGACAGUAUAAUGAAGGUAUUCAUUGCGAUUUUGUGCUUGACAGCAGCAGUGACGGUCUCGGCCCAUCACGAGGAGGGCCAUACGGGACAUGAUCAUCACAUAAUCCAUGAUGGUCACGAUUACACGGUUAAGACCAAAGAAGAUCUGGCCAGAUUCCGUGACGAGUGCGGCAAACAAUUGGACGUGCCUGCCGAUAAAAUGGAGAAAUACAAGGCUUGGGAAUAUCCCAACGACGAGAUAACCCGCUGCUAUAUGAAAUGUGUUUUCGAGAAAUUCGGCUUUUUCGAUGAAACUCAUGGUUUCAAUCCCUAUUUGGUACAUCAUCAAUUGGCCGGUGGUCAUGAGCCAGUGGAUCACAGCGAUGAAAUCCAUCAGAAAAUUGAUCUGUGUGCCGACAAGAAUUCACAAAAAUCGGACGCCUGUACUUGGGCGUAUCGUGGCGGCAUGUGUUUCUUGGCGAAUCAUUUGAAAUUGGUACAGGAUAGUAUUCACAGUCAUUGAGAGAAAGGAUACACGGCAAUGGAAAUUGAAGAGGAGCCCGAAUGUUUAGUUGUGAAAAUGAGGGAACUCAGAAUGGAAGAAAAUAAAGAAGUAAAUGCUGGAACUUAAAAAAA